UUUACAGCUCUGAUGAGAAUUUAUGCAAUAGUGUGUCUGUAUUUACAUUAACAUAUCAGAAAAUGUACAUUUGCAAGUACAUAACCUGUAUGACAUGUAACCGUUGGUCCAGUUGGUCUAAAAUUUGUUGUGGUGUUUUUUUGGUAUUGACAUUUUAUCUCAUCAGUGAUGAUCAGUGAAAAUGUUAAUGUGCUUUGAGAGGCAGUGAAGAAUAAACACCUCAACUACCCUGACAGAGACACAGAGGCCUAAUAAUAUGACAUUGCACUUUAACAUAUUACUAUUCACACACAAUCCCUCAUCAGUAGGAUUCUAAUUAUUUGUAGAGCCACUACAGGGUAUCUGUGCAUUUUUUAUGUAAACUAUAGUAUCACUGUGAACAAUGUAACACCUCCCUGCUGUGACUGAGCACUACUGAGAGACAGAGGGAGAGAGGGAGCGAGACAGAGCACAAUUAUAUUUUUGUUCUGAAACAACAAUGGUUUCCCUUAUCCACAGCGUUCGAGGCCUCCCAGCACCAUCCUCCCUUCAAAUGCACCCUCACAAGCUCAGCAUCAAGGUACAGCUGUGACAAUGUUUUCUAUAUGAUUGGGAUAUUCAGUUAAUUAGCAUUUGGGACUUUUUCUCGACAUCACCCUGAAGUGAGAAGAAUGAGUCGUGCAGAGGGUCUAAGGGCCAACUCGUCUCAGUUCACUCUGGAGGGAGCGCCCUUCCUCAUCCUAGGUGGCUCCAUCCAUUACUUCCGAGUCCCCAGAGCCUACUGGGAGGACCGUCUGCUGAAGAUGAAGGCCUGUGGCCUCAAUACUCUCACAACAUAUGUGCCGUGGAAUCUGCACGAGCCGGAGAGAGGAACAUUCAACUUUCAGGACCAGUUGGACCUGAAGGCCUAUGUCACUUUGGCAGCAGAGAUGGGUCUGUGGGUGAUUCUGCGUCCUGGACCUUACAUCUGCGCUGAAUGGGACCUGGGCGGGUUGCCUAGCUGGUUGUUGCAAGAUAAAUUCAUGCAGUUGAGGACAACUUAUCCUGGGUUUGUCGAUGCUGUCAAUCUUUACUUUGACAAGCUUGUUUCUGUCAUCAAACCCCUGAUGUUUGAAGACGGAGGUCCAAUCAUUGCAGUUCAAGUGGAGAACGAGUAUGGAUCAUAUGCCAAAGAUGAGAAAUACAUGCCGUUUAUAAAGGACUGUCUCCUGUCUAGAGGAAUCAAGGAGCUCCUUUUGACUUCAGAUAACUGGGAAGGCUUGAGAUAUGGAGGGAUGGAGGGGGUUCUAAAAACAAUCAACCUUCAGAGACUGUCGUUCGGCGCUAUCCAGUACUUAGCUGACAAGCAGCCCCAGAAACCUCUAAUGGUGAUGGAGUAUUGGUCUGGUUGGUUUGACGUCUGGGGAGAGCAUCACCACGUAUUCCACGCCGAGGACAUGCUGGCUGUCGUGUCAGAGAUCCUGGAGAGAGGUGUCUCCAUUAAUCUGUACAUGUUCCACGGAGGAACCAGCUUUGGCUUCAUGAAUGGAGCGAUGGACUUUGGCACCUACAAACCUCAGGUCACCAGUUACGAUUACGAUGCUCCACUAUCAGAAGCUGGAGAUUACACCCCAAAAUAUCAACUCUUGAGGAAUUUAUUCAGCCAGUACCACUCUGAGCCUCUUCCUGAGGUGCCCUCCUCACAGAAGAAGAAAGCGUACGACCCUGUUGUCAUCCAGCGACACCUGUCACUGUGGGACAGCCUGCAUUUCACCGACAAGCCACACAGGUCAGAGAGCCCAGUGAACAUGGAGAAUCUCCCCGUCAACAAUAACAACGGCCAGUCGUACGGUUACACGCUGUAUGAGACCACCAUCACCAGUGGAGGAGCCCUCAACUCCAAGAACAACGUCAGAGACAGAGCACUGGUUUUUGUGGACAGGAAAUGUGUCGGUAGCUUUGACUACAAGACUCAAGAGCUGACACUCCCUGAUGGAAAGGGAGAGAGGACGUUGAGCUUACUUGUGGAGAACUGUGGAAGAGUGAAUUAUGGGAAAGCUCUGGAUGAACAGCGCAAAGGUAUUGUGGGAGACAUUCUGUUGAAUCACACCCCUCUGAGAGGAUUUACCACCUUCUGUUUAGAUAUGAAGCCAGGCUUUAUGAAAAGAUUAAUGAGCUCUGGUCAGUGGAAGUCUGACCUCAGGUCAGCUUUCAUUCCAGGAUUUUUCCAGGCCAGACUGUUUGUGGAUGAUCCUCCCAGAGACACCUUCAUCAGGCUCCCUCAGGGUUGGGGUAAAGGAGUGGUGUUCAUCAAUGGGCAGAACCUUGGCCGUCACUGGUUCAUCGGCCCCCAGCAUUUCCUUUAUCUCCCAGGAGCUUGGCUCAGAAAUGGGGAGAAUCAGGUAAACACCAUGUGCUCGAGGUUCAUGCAGAUAAUUGUGUUCGAGGAGCAAAAAACGGACGACAAAAUCCUGUUUUCUGAAAGUCCUGAUCAUGGAAAGACAAUUGAUGUUUACAAACUCCCCUUUUGUACACUGCUAUGAAAAAUAUGUUGCUAGAGCGACAACACAGACUCUGACACAUGGUUUAUUGAAACUGGCUUUUAUUGUCAAUGAUUUGAAGAUUUAUUAAUAUAUUAAUUAUUUAUUUGAGACGAUUUUUUUUUUAAAUGUAUUUUCUCAUUCUACAAGAUUUGCUAGUGUGCAUAAACAAGAAACCUCUGUCAGUAACAUAACACGUAUGCCAUACCAGGGCAUGUUGCCAUUGAUUCUACUGCCUUAAACUGAACAGUGCCA